UUCCCCGGCCCUGUUGGACUGUCUCCGUGGAACGUGGAGCGACUGUACAACUUUGUUUCCUUCUUGUGAAGGCGGAGUUUGAUCAAAGUUCUUUGAUCAGUAGCUCCUGAAUUAAGGCCUGACCAUGCCGGCUCCUGGUAAACUGAGGGACCUGAUACGAACAAUAAGGGCCGCAAGGACAGCUGCUGACGAAAGAGCAGUGAUAGCAAAGGAGUGCGCUUACAUCAGAGAUUCCUUCAGGGAGGAAGAUAAUGACUUUAGAUGCAGAAAUGUGGCCAAGCUUCUGUAUAUUCACAUGCUAGGAUAUCCUGCACAUUUUGGCCAGCUGGAAUGUUUAAAACUUAUUGCCUCACCCAAGUUUACAGACAAAAGGAUAGGAUAUCUGGGAGCCAUGUUGUUACUUGAUGAACGGCAAGAUGUCCACUUGCUGGUGACAAACUCUCUUAAAAAUGAUUUGAAUCAUCAGAACCAGUUUGUUGUUGGCCUGGCACUUUGUUCUUUAGGAAAUAUUUGUUCUCAAGAAAUGAGUCGAGAUCUAGCUGGUGAAGUGGAAAAGUUGCUCAAGUCAACAAACUCUUACCUGAGGAAAAAAGCAGCACUUUGUGCAGUAAGAAUAGUUCGAAAAGUUCCAGAACUCAUGGAAGUGUUUGUCCCCACAACAAGAUCUCUUUUGAAUGAAAGAAAUCAUGGAGUUGCAGUGUGUGGAAUUGCACUGGUUACUGAGAUGUGUCGGGUGAACCCUGAGACACUAUCUCACUUCCGAAGGCAUGUUCCCAUUUUGGUGAAGACACUAAAGAAUCUUGUUAUGUCAGGAUAUUCCCCUGAGCACGAUGUUUCUGGAAUAAGCGAUCCAUUCAUGCAGGUAAAACUUCUGCGACUUUUGAGAAUGCUUGGUAAAGAUGAAGAGUCAGUCAGCGAACAGAUGAAUGAUGUGCUGGCUCAGGUUGCAACAAACACUGAAACCAGUAAAAAUGUUGGCAAUGCCAUCUUGUAUGAAACAGUUCUGACCAUAAUGGAUACAAAGUCAGAGAGUGGACUCAGGGUUUUAGCAAUCAAUAUUUUAGGACGCUUUCUUUUAAACAAUGACAAAAAUAUAAGAUAUGUUGCACUGAACACACUCUUAAAGACAGUAACUGCAGACUACAAUGCUGUCCAGAGACACCGGACCACAAUCCUAGACUGUUUGAAGGAUCCUGAUAUUUCCAUCAGAAGGCGAGCAAUGGAGUUGUCCUUUGCUCUCAUAAACUCAAGUAACAUUCGUGGCAUGGUGAAAGAACUCUUGACCUUCCUGGUCAAAGCUGAUGUGGAGUUUAAGUCUUAUGUCACCUCAAAUAUCUUCUUGGCAGCUGAAAAGCAUUCUCCAAAUAAAAGGUGGCAUAUUGACACAAUGAUGAAAGUUCUUACAACUGCUGGAAAUUAUGUACGUGAUGAUGCAGUUCCAAGCCUGAUUCACCUGGUGUCAACGUCCAGUGAACUUCAAGCUUAUGCCGUGCAACGACUUUUUAAAGCUAUGCAGAAUGACAUUAGCCAGAUUACAGAGAAUGAUGUUCUUGAUGUCUUGGAAAGUGUUCUGUACAGCUCCCACUCAACUUCGAUCACCAGAGAUUAUGCAUUAACUGCCGUCAUGAAACUCAGCACACGUUUCACCGCGACAAUGGAGCGGAUUAAGAAUGUAAUAAACCAAUUCGAAGUGAACAUGGAUGUUGAGCUGCAGCAGAGGGGCGUAGAGUUUGGUUCGCUCUUUAAAAAUCAUGACAGUAUGAGGCCGGCUCUUUUGGAAAAGAUGCCUGUCAUGGAAUCUAAGCCUGUGUCUUCUGAGCCAGUAACAAAUGGAGAAGUCACAACACAACCAGAAGAACCACAAACGACUCAAGAAGCUGUUACAGAAGAGAAACCACCUAAGCAAGCGUCGGAGACUUUGUUGGAUUUACUUGGUGGUGGCCCCACCCAGCCUGAACCUACUCCCGCUCCAGUCCAACCUCCAGCUCCUGCGUCUUCAUCCGGUGGUGACCUCUUAGAUUUGCUAGGAGGUCUGGACCUAGGCUCAACGAAUGCAGGUCCCCCUCCGAUGAACAUAAUGGCUCCUUCAUCAGCUGUUCCUAACCUGUUGGAUGGCGGUGGACUGCUGAAUCCAGCACCAUUAGGAGUACAGGUUCCAGUGCAGAUGAACCAUCAACCUGUCGCCUCACUGACUCCAAAUUCUUCUUCAGGUUUCCCGCCCAUAACAGCCUUCGAGAAAAAUGGUUUAAAGAUAAUUUUUGCGUUCGAGAAGGUUCCUGGUAACCCGUCUAAUGUGGUGUCCAUCAUGGUAACGGCCACGAACUCGCUCGCUUUCCCCAUGACUGAUUUUGUUUUCCAGGCAGCAGUACCUAAGACUUUCCAGUUACAACUCCUAAGCCCGUCUGGUAAUGUGAUGCCACCCAACAACUCAGGAACCAUUACCCAAGAAGUGAAGGUGGCCAAUCCACAACAGCAACCGUUGCGCAUGAGGCUAAAACUGUCGUACAAGGUGAAUGGGGCCCCAGUCAACGAACAAGGGGAGGUGAACAGCUUUCCUCCGGGACUCUGACGUCCACGACAUUGGAAUGGUCUGUUGUUGAUCUGAAAGUAGAGGAGGAUUUUUCUCGAAGUGGUCUUGCCAGGCAAGAUCUAACCAUGUUGAGAUGGAGCAGUGUUCAAAGACUGUUUUAGUGUAGACAUGAUGAAAUGUAGCCUUUUUAAAAAAUGAUGUUAUAUGUGUAACAUCUGAUGUGACAAUAAAGCUCAGAGUUAACAAAAUGAUGUAAAAGAUUGUCUUUCGUGUCUAAAAUAUACUUGAAAAAUAAUGUAAAUUAAAAGGCAAUUGAGGAA